AUGGCUAGUAUCUUCGAUCAACGCCUAUUUACAAACACAAAACGGAUUGAAGUCUUUUCAACCCUUCAGAAUAAUAUAAUCUAUGAUUAUCGAAACUGGGUGGACUCUGGAACCGGUCGAACAGCACCCACAAUCAGCGGUUGGCUCAAAAUGAAUAAAUUUCGUCUCGUAGCGGCUUUGAACUACCUCUGCGGCGAGGACUUGCGAGAUGCUUCUGCAUUGCCCCGGACUGGGCCUCAGUACCUCAGGUCUCUGACGAUAAGACCAGGCGGGCAUCCACCCCUCAAAUCUAGCACACUGCCACAGCGGCAGUUUCCAGAGCCCAUUCAGCCGCGGGCUCGAGAGGUCCUUUUCGGCAUGAUGAAACAUUUACAAUCUAAAUACCCGCAUACACUCAGACUUAGUUUGUCCAAUGCCGAAGGCGAGACCGCGGAUACCAUCUAUGCACGUCCGGAAUCUCCAGCCUGCAAUACCGAAGCGCAGAAAGUCGGCUUCGAAAUUGCCCACGUACGUCCCACUGACAAUUCGCUUCAUAUGCUCCUUUCUCCGGCCGAUGCUCGCGCCGUUGUGGAAGCGGGCUGGGGCCGUCGAUUUGCGGAUCCAUCGUCGGUGCCCCCGGGGUGGAUCAUGGUAUAUGCGCCACGGGACCUUGAGGAGGUAAAGCUAGUCCAACGUAUGGUUGAAGCUGCUGUUCGAUGGGCAACUGGGGCAGAGAUUUAG